AUGGCCAAGUUCAACGAGAGACUUGUAUGGGAGCGCUUCCUUAGUACAUCAUUGAGUCCCGUGACUGUUUUCAUGGCCGUGCCCACGAUCUGGGUCAAAAUGAUAGGCUACUUCGAUCAGCAUUUCAAGAACGAGCCGGCCAAGGCAGCUAGAGCCGAAGACUCAGCCGCGAGACUGAGAUUGGCAAUAAGUGGCUCGGCUGCAUUACCUGCCCCCGUCAGAAAUGCCUGGGCUCAAAUAGCGAACGGAUACUUGCUGCUGGAACGAUACGGAACAACCGAGACUGGGAUCACAUACUCUGAACGGUUGACCCCAAAUGGGCGGGUUUUGGGAAGUGUCGGGUGGCCGCUCCCAGGCGUGCAAACACGCUUGGUUACUGCCGAAGGGCAGGAUGUGACCAAAGUGCCAGACGUCACGGGGGAGAUCCAGAUCAAAUCCGACGGUCUCAUGAAAGAGUACUGGGGAAGGCCGGGUGCAGCAGAGCAAAGCAUGACUGCCGACGGCUGGUGGAGGACAGGGGAUUUGGCACUGGUCAAAGCUGAACAUGGCAAUGCCACCUUCAUUCAGGGCCGGGCCAGUGUCGACAUUAUCAAGUCUGGCGGGUACAAGAUAUCGGGCCUCGACAUCGAGACGGCAAUGCUACAAUUGCCAUAUGUUCAAGAGGUGGCGGUGGUAGGCGUACCUGAUCAUGCCUGGGGCGAGGCCGUGGCAGCCAUCUGCGUGCCGGUUGAAGGCAGACAUGCUGAUCUCACCAUUGCCAAUAUAAGAGAGGACUUGAGAAGUCAGCUCGCUGCAUAUAAGCUGCCGCAGAGGCUGUGCGUAAUCAAGGAAAUGCCGCGGAAUGCCAUGGGAAAGGUACAAAAGAAGGCCCUUCGAGAGCAGUGCUUCCCACGGUCGCGCGAAGCCAAACUAUAG